AUGGUAUUCCGGGAUUUGAAUCCCGUGCUGCACUACUCGUCGCUGCUGCGCCUCGCGCUGCCCUCCAUUCUCCUCCAGAGCGGCGCGCCGCUCGCCAUCACCUUCCAGACCGCGCUCCUCGGUCGCAAGUCCACGGAGAUCGUCGCCGCAUGGGCCAUCGUCGCAACCGCUACGAAUGCGGCUACAGUCGUCUUCAACUUCCUCGUCGUCGGCGUCACUGCCAAGGUCACUAAGGUGGUGGCGGUGGGGGCAUGGGCGCAGGUGGGCGCGCGCAUCCGCCUGGCCUUGGGGAUGGCGCUGGUGAUGGGCAUGGUGGCGGUGGGGUUGCUGCUGGCGCUGCAGCAGCCGCUCUGGCUGUUGCUGGCGGAUACUCCCAAGGUGCUGCCCUACGCGCGCAGCUACUUCUAUCUCAGAGUCAUUGGCGUGCCGCCCCAGCUGCUCGUCAUGUGCACCUCGGGGAUACUGCAGGGCUACAAGAGGGUGAAUCUAGUAGCGUGUCUGCAGGGCGGCAGGGUCGUGCAAGCCAUGUGUGCCUCCUACAGCGCUCUCGAUGCUGCAGCAGCAGGGUGGUGCAAGCCAUGUGUGCCUCCUACAGCGCUCUCUUCUCUACGUCCUCAUUUUGGGGGCUUGUCGCGGGUGAACCUAGUGGCAUGUCUGCAGGGCGGUAGAGUCUUGCUAGACGUCUUCGCCUCCUACGUGGCCCUUUACGUUCUCGACUGGGGCCUUGUCGGUGUUGGUCUCGGCACCAUCCUCGCCUCCUCUACCAUCGCCGCCGCCGCUUUUGUCUGCAUCCUGCUGCUGCCGCCCGCCGAGGGGCGGCACAAGAUCCAUAUCUUCACGCCGCUGCUGAGCUCCCUGUCUGGCCGGGCGGCAGGGGGGAAACGCGGUGGGGGGUGCUGGAGUCCCCGGGGGAAUGGGAUUGCUGGUGGUGGUGUUUUUGCUAUUGGUGGUGGUGAUGGGGAGGGAGAGGAGGCGUUGCACGUGCCGCUGCUGGAUGAGCAUGUGGGGGAGGGGGGGCAGCAGCAAAGUUGGCAGCAGAAUGGGGGAAGGGCGGUAGGAGGGAUGGUAGGAGGAGGGGAGGAGUUGACGGAGGAGGAGGAGAGGGUGAACGAGGUGUUGAAUGAGAGCACGUGGAAGUUCAUCUGGGAUGGGCUCAGCACCAUGCUGCGAUCCGCGCUCGUGCAGGCAUCGUUUUUCCUGGUCCUGGCCUGCGCAACCUCUCUUGGAAUGCAUGCGGUGGCAGCCCACCAGGUGCUCAUGCAGCUGUGGAUGAUCAACAUCUACAUCGCAGACGGCUUCGCCACCGCCGGCACCAUCGUCGCCAGCAGCGUCGCGGGGCACUUAGCUAAGAGCCGCACGCCCGCAGAGCACGCGAUCCACUUAAGGGACCUGAGAGAGGCGUGCUGGAGGGUGCUGAAUAUGGGCGCGGUGGCGGGCGUGGCGAUAGCUCUGGUGUACCUGGGGUGGCGCGAGCAGCUGAUGGCGCUCUUCACGUUCGAUGAGGGGACGAAGAAGGAAUUGAGAGGCGCGUGGCUGUACCUGGCUCUCAUCCAGCCGCUCAAUUCCAUUGUGUUUGUGUACGACGGGUUGAUCUACGCAGCGCAGGCUUUCUCCUACAUGGCAGCCUUCCUAACCAUCGGCUUCUUCGCCCUCUUCCUGCCCUGCAUCGCAUUAGCGCAUUUUUAUUUCAAGACGCUGGUGGCGGCAUGGGGUGCCAAGGGAGUGUUGAAUGCGGUGCGCUUCUUUGUGGCGGGCUACAAGAUCCACUUCGACUUCCUCUGCCCAAAAACGAAGUUCCCCCCCUCAAACCGCUUCACCGCUCCCAACUCCUCCGCUUCCCCCGCUGCUGCUCCUAGAACCGCUCUGAACCACUCAGCACCUGCUGCUUUCUCUUCCUGGGACAGCGCUGGUCCUUUGCAACACUCCGGAGCGGGGGGGAUUCAUUGCCUGGGCAUGGGCGGUCAUUGCGAUGGCUUGCGAAUGCAGUUUGAGUAA